AUGCUGAGUGAAGGAGCCAGUAAGCAGCAGACUGCCUCACCGACGACGACGACGACGACGACAACCGUGGCCAGCAGUACCGCCGUCGACUGUCGCAGAUCGACAGUGAGUGAGGUGAACAGCCCCAGCCCACCCGUGGGUGACAGCAUCGUGAGCGUCAUUGGAAAGGGCGCCGGGAAGCCAGUGUCACCGCUGGGCAAGCUCUUCGCCUCGCUGCCCUUCAGCAUGCCGGUGGUGGGCUGUCUGCCCUGCACCAAGGUGGUCGACCCCAGUCGACAGGCGAGCAAAAAGAUCGAAAAGCAGCUCAAUCAAUGGAGCAAGAAGGAGUCCAAGGUCAUCCAGCUACUGCUCAUCGGUGCCGGUGAGAGUGGCAAAACGACCAUCAUCAAGCAAAUGAAGAUUCUUCACAUACAGGGCUUCUCAGCAGAGGAGCGUCUGGAGAAGUGCCAGGAGAUCAAGGAAAACGUCUUUGAGGCCAUCAAGGAGCUAACCAGCAACAUGGCGUACCUGAAGCCGCCAGUUCAGCUGGAAAACGUCGCAGAGAACGAGGCCAGUCUGGAGUUUGUGCGNCUUCACAUACAGGGCUUCUCCGCAGAGGAGCGUCUGGAGAAGUGCCAGGAGAUCAAGGAGAACGUCUUUGAGGCCAUCAAGGAGCUAACCAGCAACAUGGCGUACCUGAAGCCGCCAGUUCAGCUGGAAAACGUUGCAGAGAACGAGGCUAGUCUGGAGUUUGUGCGCAAGCUGGACAUGACCGGCAUGGCCUCGUACAGCUACCCGGAUGAGUUCUUUGAGCACGUCAAACGCCUCUGGUCAGACCCGGGCAUUCAACAGUGCUACCUCCGUGCCAAUGAAUUCUUUCUCAUCGACUCUGCCAAAUAG